AUGGUUUCCUUCUCGUGCGAGGCGUGUGGUGACGUCCUCACCAAAAAGAAACUCGACCCUCAUCGCAGCCGCUGUCGAGGCGCAACCUUCACCUGUAUUGACUGCAUGGUGUACUUUCCCGGCUUCGAAUACCGCUCUCAUACUACUUGCAUGACCGAGGAGCAGAAAUACCAGGGCGCAUUGUACAAACCCAAACAGAACAAGAAGCAACAGCCCCAGCAACAACAGCAGCAGCAGCAGCAGCAGCAGCAGCAGCAGAAGCCCGCCAUGAACUCACAUCGCAUGGGCAUGGCCAACACACUGGCCCUCCAGCCAUUUGUCGAGGACGUCAACGAAGACAAAGAAUACGAAUCAUGGCACGAGUACGAAGUCCGCGACAAGUCUGCCGCGGGCCCUCCUCCAGAGGCGCCAACACCUCCAUCUGCCGCCGACGACGACCACGUCAACGUCUUUGACUUCCUCGACAACUCCCAGACCCCAACCGCCUCAAACGUGAGCCGCACACGAGAACGAAAGCCCUCUAAUGCCGACGACAACACCUCUCUUGUGCGCUACGAAACCAAGACCGGCGAGCUCCUGGAACCGGCCUCCCUUAUGGAUCAGGAUGGAGAGCCGCUGGUACAAUAUGGCACUGGCCCUGUGCCUACGGCAGACUUCGUCACCCCUAAGCCGAAGACGGAGCGACGCAGAUCAAAGGAUCGCGACGCCCAGAAGGAUAAGAAGCGCAAGCGCUUGCACAUCGACGUCGCUGGCGACCAGAUCAUGGCCGACGCACCUCCAGUCCUUCACUCCGGCCUCACCGGCGGCUUGAAGAACAUGAUGCGGCCUACCUUACCGCCCUCACCCGACUACUCUGGAGACAACAUUGCCGACCUCUCACCCGCAAGCCCCGUCAAGAAGUCGAAGCAUUCUCGACACCACAAGAGCCACCACCACCACCACCACCAGCAGUCCUCCACCAGCAUCUUUGGUCUGAUCGCCGGCGCCCCGCCCAAGACCAAGUCGAGCAAGCGCAAGUCUUCUUCCAAGAAGCACUCCCACAAGCAUGACAAGAAGUCGCCCAAGCUCAUCGAGUACCGGCCCGGCUCCAAGGACGGCAAGGGCGACCAUGACGGACAAAUGGUUGUCUUCAAGCCUCGCGCCGAUGUUUUCCUCAGCUUCGUUAAAGGCCCUGAGAGCGAGCGCGGCUGCAGCAUGAACAAGGCCCUGAAGCGUUUCCACCGGGAGCGCCAGGCCGCUGGCGAUAACAUUCCCAAGAUCAAGGAAGAGAAGGAGCUGUGGAGAUCACUGCGGCUUCGACGCAACGACCGAGGCGAGAUUGUUCUCUUUUGUGAAGAAUGA